AUGGCGGAGGAUCAGUAUCAGAAGGAUGUACUUUACAUUCAUCCUUCAAACAAUUCCAGUUUUAUACCGACUUCUACAACUUUGAUUGGAUCAAAUUACCUGACAUGGAGUAGAGCAGUGUACGUUGCUCUAGGAUGCAAAAUGAAGCUUGCCUUCAUUGACGGAUCGUUUCCUCGACCACCAGUUGGAUCUGCUUUGUUUGAACAAUGGAGAAGAGCAGAUCUCAUGGUGACAUCUUGGCUCUGGAACUCAAUCUCGAAAGAAAUCGUGGAGGCCUUCAUGUAUUUGUUGAAUGAUAAGAAAAGGCAGCAUGGAGGACAAUAUAAUUUUUCUGGUAAUCUGGAAGCCAAAGCAGUGAACAAAGUGGAGAAUACAGCUUCCAACAGUGAAUCAAAAACAGAUAUGGCGGAUUUAGUGACUGGGUUAUUGAAAAUGGUCAAACAGAAGAAGAACAUUUUUGAUCCAAUAUCUCAUUUCGUGAACUUUGUACACUUUGAAGAUCAGUUCGUAGGUAACACUCUUAAGCCUUCUGCUUUAAAUUUUGGUAACUGGAUAAUUCAGUCAGGAGCUAUAAAUCAUGUGUGUGCAUCUCUGUCAUGUUUUGAGUCAUAUUCCACUCCAUCUUGCGCACAUUUUGUUCAUUUACCUGAUGGAACCAAAAAGGACCAAGAGACUGGAGAAGUGGUGGCAAGAGGGGUCUUGAUGAAUAAACUUUACAUUCUGAAAUCUACUGCUUCCAUUUCUCUGCUUAGUGCUGCUGUAUCUACACCUCAUUCUUGUGGUGCUAUGAUUGACUGUAAUGAAUUUGUGUGGCAUAAAAGAAUGGGACAUACUUUUAUGUCCGCUAUCAAACACAUUCCUGAAUGUAAAAUCUCGAAUGAUUUUGUGGAUAUGCAAUGUGAUAUAUGUCCUAAAGCUAAGCAGUCCAGAAUUAGUUUUAAACCAAGUCUUUCCCAGUCUCUUGUUCCCUUCGAAUUGGUUCAAUUAGACCUUUGGGGGCCGUAUAGAACACCCAGUAUAUCUGGCUACAGCUACGUUCUUACUAUCUUGGAUGAUUUUAGCAAGUCCUUGUGGGAAUUCCUCAUUAAACAUAAGGACCAAGUUCCUGCCACACACUGCUUUCUCAGCCAUGAUUGA